UAGUUUCCUUCUCUCAAAACGACAAGGACCAGAAAACACAAAUAGCGAGUGGAUCAAACGAACCACUUUGACAAUUUUCAGAGAGAGGAGAGAGAGAAUUGGAGGUCUGAUCCAAUGGCGGAUGAUUUGGUGUUGGACACAGCGAUCAGAGAUUGGGUACUGAUACCACUGUCGGUGGUGAUGGUUCUCAUCGGAGUCCUUCGCUACUUCGUCGCUAAGCUCAUGCGUUCUUCUCAGACACCCGACGCCAAAAUUGUCAAAGAAGGGCAAAUCAUAGUUAGGGCUAGGAAUUUACGGGCCUCUGCGAAUUUCAUCCCUCCAAAGUCGUUUCGUGCUCGAAGGGUUUAUUUCAGCAAUGAGGAAAAUGGGUUACUAUAUGUUCCCAAGGGCCAGGCUAGUAAUCCGCAGGCACAAAUGUUCUCUGAUCCAAACAUGGCUAUGGAUAUGAUGAAGAAAAACCUUUCAAUGAUCAUACCCCAGACUCUUACUUUCGCAUGGGUUAACUUUUUCUUCUCUGGAUUUGUGGCAGCCAAGAUACCUUUUCCUCUGACUCAGAGGUUUAGGUCAAUGUUACAAAAUGGUAUUGACUUGAGCACCGUGGAUGUUAGCUAUGUCAGUAGUCGCUCAUGGUAUUUCCUGAAUCUAUUUGGACUAAGAGGUUUAUUUAGUCUCAUUUUCGGAGAAGAAAAUGCCACAGAUGAUACACAACGUAUGAUGCAAAUGAGUGGAUUUGGCGUUGAUCCUACCAAGGGUUUGAGCGCCGAGAAAGAUGGUCUUGACAUAUUUCAGCAUGAAUGGGCUUUACCAAAAUUUGAGCAGCGAGCUGAAGCUGUACUAAGGAAACUCGUCAAAUAAUCGAUGAUAUAAUAGCAUUUAACUUCCCACCGAGUGAGAUUAUGCGCUUCGUUGUUCAGUAACAUUUUCUACGUUUCUGGUGAAACUCUCCUGCCAGAAAUGAAGUUGAAUUACUUUCAGCCCCAUGUUGUGGAUCUCAGCUCAGAUGCAUUCUCUCCGUUGCGGAAUUAAUUUUCCACAGCGCUGGCUGUAAUAACUUAUACAAAGUGGCUUCACAUUUUAAAAUUUAUAUGCAGAUAAUAGCAGCUUUGAAACACAAGGAUUUGCUAGCUGAUUUUGGUGUCGGAUUUUGUUUGAAACAUAUUAUGUAAUGUUGGAUUGAUAUCAAUUUCUUUUCCUUUUAGGACUA